AUGGAGCAAUUUAAUGACUCCCUUAAAGAAACUACAUCAUCGACUUUAAAGCUUUUGGAGCAAUAUGAGAAUCAUAUUCAGGAGAAAGACAGAAAUUUAGAUUACAUAGAAAAAGGUGACUCGAGGUUUACGAAAGAUCGCGAAACAGGACCUAGUUACGACGAAUGUUUUAAAGAGAACGUGAAAUUGAGGCUUAAAGUCGAAGAAUACGAAAAGGAAAUCAAACUGUUAAAGGAACUGAUAUCUAAACUCAAAGAGAAUGCUGUACCUGUAGUAAAUUAUGAACAACAGCGAUUAGAAGUAGAAACCCCGAAAGAUCCCACAUUUUCGUUACCACCAAGAUCAGCAGAUAGAAUAAGACAUAUGAAGGACACUUCUGAACAGAGUCAGGUCAACGUCUACGAUCUAAAGCUGCCUAGGUCCCCUGCCACCUUCCAAUUAAAUAACCAAAAUUUCCAGGAAGAAUUAAAGACAAACACUCAGUUCGAAAAAGCAUUGAAAAAUGAUCAUGCGUACGAGUCGACGCCGGCAACUGCUAGUACCAAAAAGGAUCCCCAAGAUGCGGGAAAAGAUAGUUUAGCAACGACAGGGAUACCAAAUAAUAUUCUAGGAAGUCCAGCUACUUCCGUGACUUAUACCACAUCUCGAAUAUCGAUAAAUUCCAAUUCACCGAAUAUCAACAAUAAACCCCAUUUGAAAAGACCCAAGUCACCAGCAACUUUACCAAAUGGAGCUUUAUCUCCCCAGCGAGCAAAUCGUGUCACACACUUGAUUAACAAUGAACUUCAUUCUCCAUUAAAAGACCAGUUUUCAGAUGUAGAUAAAGAUUUCGUUGAUGAUACCGCUUCCACGUCUGGCGAUGAUAUCACAGGGAGCUUUAUACAAAUGUCUCCAGCAGCCCAAAGAAUCAUCAAAGAGGAUGAGACAAUUAUGGAGUUCUCUCCUUCAUCCAAGCAGAAUUUGAAUAAAUUUACUGACUUGAUCAAUAAGACCUUUGGGGACGAUGAUAGCCAAAUCAAAGGACCCCCCGAAAAGGAAUCUGCAGCUGCAGUAAGACCACCUGUAUUCGAUCCGCCGCUUCCUAGGGCCGAUUCAAAAGUACUAGCUUCUCCUGUUAUGAUUCAAAACGCAGCAAAUAAUUUAACACCUUCUGGGCUUUCCUUUCCGCAGAAAACUGACAUUUCUACUCAUGACUUACUGAAAAUUGUCUCACAAGAUAACGUCUCAGCGAUUUCUUCAAGCACCUCAAUCCAUAAAUCUUUUUCACCCAAAUCUGUCUCCUCACUUUCUCGUAUCCAACCACCAAAUCACCACACUUCAUCAAUUGACAUGGGUUCUCCUUAUAAUGGAGAAGUACCGCAAUCCGACAGUGUUUUACACUCACCCAACAUCAUAUCUGAUAUACCUCUAUUUGUACAACCAGAAGACUUUUCAACAAUAGCUGUCGAAGCUUCUAGCACUUUGUACAGUAAUCCUGAGGAUGCAAGCAAGUGUAUACUCUGCAGUGUCAUUGAUAAGAAAUCAUCUAAAGAGAUGUUCAAGUUUGCGAAAUCUCUGGACCAGUUAUACGAGCUUGACCAUAUGUUGAAAAUAAGGCUCAUGGAGCAAUAUCAUCUCCCGGAACUACCUAAAAAGCAACUAUUUCAGACUACUGUUCCUGUUAAAGUCGAUUUGAGAAGGGAGUUAUUAACAGAUUAUUUAUUAGCACUCUUUGAACUUAGUAACCUAUCACCAGUGAUGUCUCUAAAACUUGCACAAUUUAUUAGUACAGAUACCGCAAUCUCCGUACCAAUUGGAAUGACUGACAGCGUAAAAGAAGGGGUACUUUUGGUACGCAAAAAUAAGGCGUUGGGUAGCGGUAAUUCUUGGAAAGUACGACAAGCUGUAAUUGAGGAUCAAACUUUGUUAUUAUUCGAUCAAGAAAAUCUAGUGGAGAGCAUCAAGUUGGUAAGUAGUACAAUUGAAUUACAAGCGAAUUUACCUGAUGAUAAGUACGGCACUAAAAAUGGGUUUAUUUUGAAUGAACCAAAGAAGAGCGGUCUUUCUAGCACAUCCAGGCAUUAUUUUGGCGCUGAAACCGCCAAACAACGAGAAGAAUGGAUCAGCGCUCUUAUAAAAGUUUGCAGCAACUCCGUUGCAAAUAUCAAAGCAGAUACUCUUUCUUCUGCCCAAGAUCAAGGAAGUAUCAGCGAUGCAUCGGUAGAUACAAGCAGCAGUGCUGCGAUUGGACCAAUGGUUAACCUCGAAAUGCUUGGUAAAUCUCAACAAGUCGAACCUGCAACAACUGAAAUGGAUAGGGAAACCAAAAGGAAUAGAAUGAGGUCCUUUUUCCCAUUCAAGAAAAAUCAACCUCAGCUUUCAACUUCUUCCUUAGAUAUUACUAAAGAAUCGGACGAAACAUCUGCUGAAAGGUCUUUUGCUAGUGCUCUCCAUGGCAUGAACCUACAUGAUGAGGCAAUUUCCAAUGUUGUAUUUGGAUCCGACAUCAAACACUGCCUAAGCUUGAGUUCUAGAGUAUACCAAAACACUCACGAGAUACCAACCGUUGUUUACAGAUGUUUGGAAUAUUUGUAUAAGAACAGAGCCAUAAAUGAAGAAGGUAUAUUUAGAUUAAGUGGAUCAAGUGCUUUGAUAAAAACCCUCCAAGAACAAUUUGAUAAAGAAUAUGAUGUAAAUUUAUGCGAAUACAACGCUUCACAUGAGGGCAGUUUGAAGAAUGGUCCCUAUCUAGAUGUCAAUACGGUUGCGGGACUUUUAAAAUUAUAUUUCAGAAGGUUGCCUCAUCUAAUAUUCGGUGAUGACAUGUACGAAGAGUGUAGGGUGAUUGCUGAAAGAAAUUCAGGAAAGCCAACUGAAACUGCAUUGCAGUUCAGAGAAUUGGUAUCAAACAAGAGAUUUGAAAUGGAAAAUUAUUCAUUGAUGUUUGUUUUAUUUGAGCUAUUAAUGAAAAUCAAUGAAAAUAACAAAGUCAACAAGAUGAAUCUUCGCAAUCUAUGCAUUGUGUUUUCUCCGACUUUGAACAUUCCUGUUAAUAUCCUUCAGCCUUUUGUUGAAGAUUUCCAAUGUAUUUUCAAUGGAAGUGAUCCAGUAAACAAUGACGAUAGACAAAAUAUCAAUCUUCAGAUUCCUCAAAUGUAA